AUGAUUACAUUUGUCUUCUCCUCUCGUCUGCGUACAUGUUCUGUCGGUUCGUCGUCACCUAGUGACUCACUUCACCCCUUCUGCUGCCUUCCCAGCCUAAUUUCAGCCUAUCGUUUUGACAACCACACAUCUGGACCCGCGUCAAAGCGUGCUUCUCUUGCCCACCACAACACUCAUUCUGGCAUGCUAGCGGCCCAACAACCAACUAUGGAGAGUGUGCUCGCCGGGCGGCCUCACAGCACGUGA